UGCAUUACAUCAUCAUCGUCAUCAUCCUCCUAUGUGCGAUGGAUCUCUUCUCCCUCCAAAACUUGGAAUGUCGAUGAAACUCUGAUCCCAUUCUCCUCCUCCUUCUUCUUCCUUCUCCGUGUUUUCUUUUGACUAUGGACGAAGCUUCGUUGAUGCGCAACACCGAUUGCGUUUAUUUCUUGGCAUCUCCCCUCACUUGCAAGAAGGGAGCUGAAUGCGAGUAUCGGCAUAAUGAGAUUGCGAGGCUUAACCCUAGGGAUUGCUGGUACUGGUUAUCUGGCAGUUGCCUUAAUCCAACAUGUGCUUUCAGGCACCCUCCAUUGGAUGGCCAGACUGGAGUUUCAUCUGAGCCAACACAGUCUGCUGUGCCUGCAAAUAAGACAAUGGUUCCCUGUUAUUUUUUCUUCAAUGGAUAUUGCAAUAAAGGCGACAGAUGCUCAUUUUUGCAUGGGCAUGAUGAGAGCCAUUUCACUGUAAAGCCUGUAAAGAAUGACAAGGGAGGCACUGAUCCACCCAACCUAGAGAAUAAGGUGUUGUCAGGAACUGCCCCAUCAACAACUGAAACUCAUUCGAACCCAUCGUUAACUGCCCCAAAGGCUUUGCCCACUUUCAAGCCUCCACCUAAGGAAGAUCUUCAACUAUCCUUACCAAAAAAUGUUAAACAGCAAGGUGUUCCAGAAGAAAGAUUUGUUGAUAACAUCUCUCAACGAUGCAGUGAGCAGGGUUCAGAGGAGCAAGUAAAUGGUCACAUCGAGCCUGAUGAACGUUGGGAAUCAUCAUCCCCUGGAUUUGAUGUUCUUGUUCAUGAUGAAUCGGCAAACUUGGGCUAUGAGGAGGAUCCUGAAUAUCUUCCUGAUGGGGAACAUGAGGAACUGAAUGAACAAUACUUGGGGUAUGAAUUUGAAAACCCAGUUGAGUAUGAUAAUAUGUGCCGCAAAGCUGACAUCCUGUAUGAACAAGAAAUGUAUGAUGAUUAUAGACGUUUAGAUAGAGAUCUUACUCGUGCUAAUGGCAGAAGAGUUUGUGAUUGUUCCAGUGAUAUAAUCUUAGAUUCUAUGUUGACUAGGAAAAGGAUUCAGCUGAGUGAUAUAGCUACCUGUGACGGGAAGUUAGAUCUACGAGACCAUCUGAGAAGACGAAGGGAAAGUAGUGGUCCACCUGAUGCGAGUUUCAUCAGACGACAUGAAUCCUCUUCUUUGAUGGUUCGAAACCGGGAAAGGCAUCAAAGGCAUUACAAUGAACAGAGACUAAGGGGAAGAUUGUCAUCGCAAGUGGGAAUUACCACUAUAGACCCCAUUGGAGAGGUUGAAACUCUUUCAAUUGCUAACAAGCCAAGGUUAUCUAGGAAUUCCCAGCAGCAUUGGCCAAGAAAGCAUUAUAGAGAAAAGCCAUCUAAACGCCAGUUUCAUUCAUCUAAUGACUCCAGGAGACCAGUUUUCAAGCAAAGGAGAUUUGUUCACGAGUCCUCUACAUUUUCAGGACCCAAGAGCCUUGCAGAAAUUAGAGAAGAGAAGAAAAAGGCUGCAGGAAGUUUUCACUGCAAAAGCACAUCACCUGAUUUUCAGGACCCCAAACCUCUUAGUGAAAUUCUCAAGGGCAAAAGGAGUGUGGACGGAGUUGGAGAUGUCAAUGUCUGCAGCAACUGAAUUUUGAGUUCAAAGUAAUGGUUUCGAGAGACUAAUAAUUUUCAACGUAGAUAAAACUAGAUAAGAUGGGGUGGAGGAAUUGGGUUUUUGCCGCUGGUAGUUGCUGAUACUUUUGGAUAACCAGUGUUUGACUAGUAAAGAUAAACGUUGUUGGUUGAGUUUGUUGCUUUUGUCAAAGGCAUAUCUAGCGAGUGGAUUACCGUUUUUCAUGAAUUUUGACUCUGACUGCCCUACCUGUUUCUCUUGUACAAAGCUGCAUAUUCACCUAUUCCGCAAGUACUAAGUAGUUUUUAGACUCGCUUAAAAUUUUGAUA